AUGGGUAACGACGCAUUGCACGAUAACCCCCCAGGCGGCACCUUGCACAUCAGCGUCCAUGGUUCGGACUGGCUGUGGGCCGCCUUCUCUGUGUUUGCGCUGUCUCUGUUGAUCGUCCUCGUCGUCUCGUUCACCAAGCCAAGGGGUUCUCGGUUCUUCCAUCAAAUAGCCGUUAUAGUCCUCGCCGUGUCCAGCAUUGCCUACUUCUCCAUGGCUUCCGACCUCGGCUAUGCUCCCGCCCCGGUCGAGUUCCGUAAGCACGGUGGCGAACCCACGCGUCAGAUCUGGUAUGUGCGGUACAUCCAGUGGGUCAUAAACCUCCCGCUGCUGCUCCUCGAGCUCCUGCUCGUUACGGGCGUGUCGGCUUCCGAUAUCUUUACGACAAUUUUCGUCAGCCUGAUCUUUAUCGUCGGCGGCCUGGUUGGUUCCUUGGUCCUGAGCACGUACAAGUGGGGUUAUUUCACGUUCGGUGUAGCUGCCCUGUUCUACUUGUGGUAUGUCCUCCUGUUCUACGCGCCCCGCAGUUCCUUCGCUGCUGGUAGUACGCUCCGCAAUCGCUACUACCUCGUCGCCGGAUACUUCUCGUUCAUGCUCAUCACGUACCCAAUCUGUUGGGCGUGCUCGGAGGGUGCGAACGUCAUCUCUCCGACAUCGGAGAUGGUGUGGUACGGCAUUCUCGACCUACUCGAAGGCCCCUGCUUCCUCUUCCUCUUCUUGUGGGGGCUGCGGGAUGUUGACUACAAGACCUUCGGCCUCCAGUCCAACAAGUACGUCGGCUUCGGUCGGGAGCCGACUUCGUCGAAAGCGGCUGAGGCGGGCGUUGCCGCGGAGACGGUUUAA